CCCUCAGACGUCAUGUGGAUCAGAUGCCUGCUCUGCGUCGCCACUUUGCUCGCCUCCGGUAAGAUAUUCCAUGGCCGCGCCCCCGUCCCCAUGGCAGUGGUGCGCAGGGAGCUGUCCUGUGAGUCCUACCCCAUCGAGCUGCGCUGCCCCGGCACCGACGUCAUCAUGAUCGAGAGCGCCAACUACGGCCGCACCGAUGACAAGAUCUGCGACUCCGACCCGGCGCAGAUGGAGAACACGCGGUGCUACCUGCCCGACGCGUACAAGAUCAUGUCUCUCAGAUGCAACAACCGCACCCAGUGUGCCGUGGUGGCUGGGCCUGAUGUCUUCCCGGACCCCUGCCCCGGCACAUACAAAUACCUGGAGGUCCAGUAUGAGUGUGUCCCUUACAAAGUGGAACAAAAAGUAUUUCUGUGUCCUGGCAUUCUGCGAGGGGUGUACCAAAGCGAACAUCUCUUCGAGUCCGACCACCAGUCCGGUGCGUGGUGCAAAGACCCGUUACAGGCCUCAGACAAGAUCUACUACAUGCCCUGGACACCAUACCGCACAGACACGCUGACAGAGUACUCGUCGAAAGAGGACUUCAUCGCAGGCCGUCCCACCACCACCUACAAACUCCCACAUCGCGUGGACGGGACUGGCUUCGUGGUGUACGAUGGCGCGCUCUUCUUCAACAAGGAGCGCACACGUAACAUUGUAAAGUUUGACUUGCGUACGCGCAUCAAGAGCGGUGAGGCUAUAAUCGCCAAUGCCAACUACCACGACACCUCGCCCUACCGCUGGGGCGGCAAGUCGGACAUCGACCUCGCCGUGGACGAGAACGGACUGUGGGUCAUCUACGCAACGGAGCAGAACAACGGGCGCAUCGUGGUGAGCCAGCUCAACCCCUACACGCUGCGUAUCGAAGGCUCCUGGGACACCACCUACGACAAACGCUCCGCCUCCAACGCCUUCAUGAUCUGCGGAGUCCUGUACGUCGUCAAGACCGUCUACGAAGACGACGACAACGAGGGGACCGGGAACAAGAUAGACUACAUGUACAACACCGACAAGAGCAAGGAGAUGACCGUUAACAUACCCUUUCCCAACUCCUACCAGUACAUUGCUGCAGUGGAUUACAACCCGAGAGACAACCUGCUGUACGUGUGGAAUAACUACCAUGUGGUCAAGUACUCGCUGGACUUCGGCAACAACGCGUCUUCCACAGCCUCCUCGGUGAUGCCCGUGAUAAAUGAAUCACAUCACAAGACCUUUUAUCAUCUAAAUGUUGCAGAAGGCCGCACCACCACCACUCGUUCUCCUCCCUACUACACCACCCCAAGGCCCCUCCUUACCACCUCCCCUGGCCAGCGGUACCGCACCACGACAACGAUUCGCCAGCCCAUCCUGGUUCCUGUCGGCGGCUCGUCAUCGGACACCAACCAGAUUCCUGACACCAACCAGAAAGCCGGACGCAAUCCAGCGGUGCAGGUCCCUCCUGCAGCCCCCCAGCCUCCUGCCCUGCCUCCUCAAGACUUCUGCAGUCCAAGGUUGACAGCCGACAUAUCGUGGCCUCGGACUCAGCAAGGCCAGAUGGCCAAGCAGCCCUGCCCUGUAGGGACACUGGGUGUGGCCACAUACGUGUGCCUGGCCCACUUGGGCUACUGGGAUCCCCAAGGCCCCGACCUCAGCAACUGCACGUCACCCUGGGUCAACCACAUCAUGCAGAAACUUCGUUCGGGUGAGACGGCUGCCAUCGUUGCCCGGGAGUUGGCGGAGCAGACCAAAGGGCUCCUGCGGCCGGGCGACGUGCCGUCCACGGUGCGGGCCAUGGCCCAGCUGGUUGAACUGCUUGACGUCCAGCUCAGGAACCUCACCCCCGGGGGCAAGGACAGCGCAGCCCGCAGCCUCACCAAGCUUCAGAAGAGAGAAAGGUCCUGCAGGUUUUUCACACAGGCCAUGGUGGAGACGGUGAAUAAUCUGCUGCAGCCACGGGCCCAGUCAGCGUGGAGGGAGCUGUCCACCAGCGAGCAGCUGCACUCGGCCACUCUGCUCCUCGACACUGUGGAGACCGGCGCUUUCAUGUUGGCUGACAACCUCCUCAAGACGGACACGGUGCAGGAGACCACUGACAACAUCCAGUUGGAAGUGGCCAGGCUGAGCACGGAGGGGAACCUCGCAGACCUGACGUUCCCUCAGUCUGAGCUACAUGGAAACUCCAUCCAGCUGUCAGCCAGCACUCUCAAACAGCACGGCAGAAACGGGGAGAUCAGGAUGGCGUUUGUCCUGUACAGGAACUUGGGCGCCUACCUGUCGACGGAGAACGCCAGCGUCAGGCUGAGCAGUGAGGCGGUCUACCCUAAUUACUCUGUGAUCGUCAACUCCCCGGUCAUCACGGCAUCCAUUAACAAGGAGAGCAAUAAGGUUUACCUGUCUGAGCCCGUGGUCUUCACUGUCAAACACCUGCAGCAUUCGGAAGAAAACUUCAAUCCCAACUGUUCGUUCUGGAGCUACUCCAAACGCACCAUGAUGGGAAUCUGGUCGACGCAGGACUGUCGUCUGCUGGGCACCAAUCGCACACACACCAGCUGCUCCUGCACACACCUCACCAGCUUUGCGGUGCUUAUGGCCCACGUGGAGGUCAAGAAAGCGGACAGCAUGCACGACCUGCUCCUGGACGUGAUCACGUGGGUGGGGAUCCUGCUGUCGCUGGUUUGUUUGCUCAUCUGCAUCUUCACCUUCUGCUUCUUCCGCGGGCUGCAGAGCGACCGCAACACCAUCCACAAGAACCUCUGCAUCAGCCUCUUCAUCGCCGAGUCACUGUUCCUGGUCGGGAUCAACAGGGCCGACCAGCCGAUUGCCUGUGCAGUCUUCGCGGCCCUGCUCCAUUUCUUCUUCUUGGCAGCCUUCACUUGGAUGUUCCUGGAAGGGGUGCAGCUCUACAUCAUGCUGGUGGAGGUGUUUGAGAGCGAACACUCCAGGACUAAGUACUUCUACCUGGCAGGAUACGGAGUACCUGCCAUCAUCGUGGCUGUCUCCGCCGCGGUGGACUACAGGAGCUACGGCACUGACCGAGUGUGCUGGCUGCGAUUGGAUACAUACUUUAUCUGGAGUUUCAUUGGCCCUGCUACUCUCAUCAUCAUGCUGAACGUAAUCUUCCUCGGUAUCGCUCUUUAUAAGAUGUUCCACCAUACGGCCAUUCUCAAACCAGACUCUGGAUGUCUGGACAACAUCAAGUCCUGGGUGAUCGGUGCCAUAGCUCUGCUGUGCCUGCUGGGCCUGACCUGGGCGUUCGGCCUAAUGUACAUCAACGAGAGCACCGUGAUCAUGGCCUACCUUUUCACCAUCUUCAACUCGCUGCAGGGGAUGUUCAUCUUCAUCUUCCACUGCAUACUGCAGAAGAAGGUGCGUAAAGAGUACGGCAAAUGUCUGCGCACUCACUGCUGCAGCGGCAAGAGCGUGGAGACGUCCAUCUCCUCGUCCAGUAAGACCACCACCUCGCGGACCCCCGGCCGCUACUCCACAGGCUCACAGAGUCGUAUCAGGCGGAUGUGGAAUGACACUGUGAGGAAACAGGAGUCCUCCUUCAUCACUGGAGACAUCAACAGCUCUGCCACGCUCAACAGAGGAGCCAUGGCUAAUCAUCUUAUAACUAAUGCUCUCCUUCGUCCCCAUGGUACUAACAAUCCUUAUAACACUCUCCUGGGGGACUCGGCAGUCUAUAAUAACCCAGCCGUGGGCAUGUACAACACCCAAGCACCUUACCGGGACACAAAGGGCAUCCUGAACAACGCAAGAGACUCCAGCGUGAUGGAUACACUUCCUCUCAACGGUAACCAUGCCAACAACUACACCAUGGCCAGCAGCGAAUACUUGAGUGACUGCGUCCAGAUUCUAGACCGAAGCGGUGGAUACGGCACCCACAGCAACCACAAGGAGACGACCCUGGAGAAGAAGAUCCUCAAGGAGCUGACCUCCAACUACAUCCCGUCCUACCUCAAUAACCACGAGAGGUCCACCACCGAGCGCAACCACAACCUGAUGAACAAGCUGGUCAACAGCAGCAUGGCGAACGGAGUCAGUGGCUGUUUGGGCAGCGGUAAAGAGGACAAUGGGCCCAUGGUGCUGGACAACCCUGCAGCCUUCCCCCACGAGGAGAACCUGGGAUUGGAGAUUAUCAGAGAGGAGUUCAACGCUCCUCUCCUGCCGCCACGGCCCCCGCCGCCCGACAGCCACCCGCCACCGCCGCCUCCCCCCCACAGCUUCUCAAGGCCCCGGCGCAUUCCCCAGGAAACCAGCGAAAGCUUCUUCCCCCUACUGACCAACGAGCACACCGAUGAGCAGACGCACUCGCCCAACCACAGAGACUCGCUCUACACCAGCAUGCCGGUGCUAACGGACCUCCCGGAUGGGCAGAUGAACGGCCUUACAGACGGAGAGGAAGAGAGCUCGGGGGAGCUGCAGCCCUGUAAGAGUGCUACGGCGCCCGAGCUGGAUGACGUCUACUAUAAGAGCAUGCCAAACCUGGGCUCCAGGAAUCACCUUCACGAGCUGCAGACCUACUACCACAUGGGCCGCGGUGGCAGUGAUGGAUACAUGGUGUCCGGGAACAAAGAGGAGUCUGAUUCAUCACCCGAGGAGCCGCCCGUAGACCCCUCCCACCUGGUAACCAGUCUAUAGAGCCAAUAAAGAGACUUGUUUUUUUCCCCCUCCCCAGUCCACUCACAUUUCCAACCUCCCAAUGAAAACAUUCUGUGUUGUUGACUGACAGACUGAGCUGGCCCGCCCCUGGAUUGACGUACUGUGUGUUUGUGUGACAUAAAACUAUGGUUCAUGACAAUACGGUUGAGAUAUCGCUGGUCAUAUCAAAAGCAGGGACUGAAUGUAUUGUCAUCAAUGGAGCACACUGAGAGCCUGGGCGGUUCUGAGAGACUUUGUGAACAUCGACGAGAAUUGGAAAGGAAGUGGGGGGGGCUCUGUAAUUUUACCCCACCUGUGACUUUAAUUUGGGAUCUUGGAUUGACCGUAGCCCUACAAGUUCCUCAAUAUGGAACUCUAGCAGAUCAUAGCGUAUAGUCUCCACUACCACCACUACAGGGGCAUGACCCC